AUGGCAAAGGGUAAGGCAAAAAUAGGGAUUGUAGCAAGCUUGCAAAGAACAUUGGAACAAUUCUACGAGGCAGCAGAAAGUCAUAAUGCAGCUGAAAGUGCUGAAAUUUCAAUGUCAUCACAAGCCAUAGGACAAUAUAGUAUUCCAAAGUGUGUUCAAGCAAUGAAAUCUCUACAAAAUGAAGGAAGAUUGAGUAUAUCUUCUAAUGAAGUCAAAGUAUCAAUGCAAGUUGUAAAGAGAAGAAAAUGUGCAAGGUUUUAUCAAAAUAUGUAUGGAGGAGCUACUAUUGCAAUUUUAUAUCACAUGAAAUACUUAAUGAAACAAGGAAACAGAUUCAAUUAUUCGGAUGGAUGGAAUUUGGUACGUGAAACUUUACAAACUCCAAGUGAAAGUUAUAGAAUGUUUAUGAUGGAAUCACAUGCUGUAUUGCAACUGAUAGAUACAUUGAUAAAUAAGGAACGGUUACAUCCAUCUAAAGACAUGACAGCAUUAGAGGCGGUUGCUAUGUUUCUUUGGACUUGUGCACAUAGCGGAACAAAUCGUAAUGUCCAAAAUAAAUUUAGAAAAUCGAGAGAGACUGUAAGUAGGAAGUUCGGUGAAGUGUUAGAUAAUUUAAGUUUACUAGCCAAUGAAAUUGUCAAGGCUUCAGAUUUUCAAUUUGCAAAAGUUCCAUCCAAAAUUAAAAAUGAUCGUAGAUAUUGGCCUUAUUUUCAGAGGUGCAUUGGUGCUCUGGAUGGAUCACAUGCUCCUGCUAUUUCUCUUGCAAAUGAUCAAAUUUUUUUUAUUGGUCGAAAGGGAUAUCCAACACACAAUGUCAUGUUAAUGUGUAAUUUUCACGUGCUAUUCACUUUUGUGGUUGUUGGUUGGCCUGGCACUGCACAUGACACUCGUAUCUUUUCAACUAUGCUUGAAGAAAAGAAAACUGUGUUCCCUCAUCCUCCAGAAGGUAAAUAUUAUGUGGCGGAUGCUGGUUAUCCUAAUAUGAAAGGUCAGCCACAAGGUGUAGAAGAAACAUUCAACCAUGCACAUUCUUCGUUAAGAAAUGAAAAGAUUAUUGUUGCAACAACGGCACUUCAUAACUACAUUAGACAGUGUGGUGUUAUAGAUGAGGAGUUUGACAAAUGUGAUCGUAAUCCCAAUUAUAUUCCUGAAAGUCAAGAAGAAAGAAGUAAUGAUGAAGAAAUGGGUUCAUAUUCUUCUAGAAGAGCAUUGGAUGAUAGUUACAUGGGUAGAGUUUGCAAUCAAAUAGCUACUGCAUUGAUGAAAAAUAGAAAUCGUUAA